UGCAGGACUCUCCUUGCAGCAGAAGCCAGAGUACAGAGUCCGGAGCUGUGGUGGCUGGACACAAAGUCAUGGCUGGACAAGCUUUUUGGAAGUUUCUUCCGCUCUUUGACAGAGUAUUGGUUGAAAGGAGCGCCGCUGAAAUUGUGACCAAAGGUGGCAUUAUGCUUCCAGAAAAGUCUCAAGGAAAAGUAUUGCAGGUCGUGGCUGUGGUAUCAGGCGGGAAAGGAAAGGGUGGAGAGAUUCAGCCUGUCAGUGUGAAAGUUGGAGAUAAAGUUCUUCUCCCAGAAUAUGGGGGCACCAAAGUAGUUCUAGACAACAAGGAUUAUUUCUUAUUUAGAGAUGGUGACAUUCUUGGAAAGUAUGUCGACUGAAAUCACUGUUGAAAUGGUGUCACAUGAAGCUGCCCAUUCCACUGAAGUUCUGAACUAUUUCAUCAUGUAAAUAAUUCCCAUGCCUCCCUUUUAUAAUAA